ACAUUCGCUUCCGGCCGCCGCCGCGGGUGGUCCGGGAGGGGGCGGGGGGCCCCGGGAACGGGGACCCCGGGAAGAGGAGGGGGGCACAAGGAGCCCGCCCCCACCAUGGUGUCCUGGAUGCUCAGCCGGGUGAUUGUGCUGGUCUUCGGGCUGCUGUACCCUGCCUAUGUUUCCUACAAGGCUGUGAAGACCAAAAACAUCCGGGAAUAUGUCCGCUGGAUGAUGUACUGGAUCGUCUUUUCGCUCUUCAUGGCCACAGAGACCUUCACUGACCUCCUCAUCUCCUGGUUUCCCUUCUACUACGAGAUUAAGAUGGCCUUUGUCAUCUGGCUGCUCUCCCCCUACACCCGGGGGGCCAGCAUCCUCUACCGCAAAUUUGUGCACCCCACGCUGUCCCGGAAGGAGAAGGAGAUCGACACGUAUAUCAUCCAGGCCAGGGAGCGCAGCUACGAGGCGAUGGUGCGCUUUGGCAAGAGGGGCCUCAACAUGGCAGCCACGGCCGCGGUCCAGGCGGCCACCAAGAGCCAGGGCGUGCUGGCCGGGCGGCUCCGCAGCUUUAGCAUGCAGGACCUGCGCUCCAUCCCUGACGAGGCCCCCGUGCACUACCAGGACCCCCUGUACCUGGAGGAGCAGGAGAGCCGCAGGCAGCUGCUGGCCUACAGCAUGCCCUCGGCCAGCCAGCAGCACGAGAGUGAGACGGAGGAUGAGGAGCUCUGGUCAGACUCACAGGCCUUGCCUGAGCCUUCAUCCCAUGGCUGGGACCCCAAGCACCUCUCCCGCAGCCGGAGCCUGCGCACGGUGAAGAAGGUGACGUCGGGCAAAGAGGGCUCUUCCCGGCUCUUGCGCAGCCGGAGCAGGAAGAAAGUGGCUCCGCCGGAGCAGGACAGCUAAUGGCCCCCGGGAAACCCUCUGCCAGGAGUCUUAACACGAGUUUGCUGCUGCCACACCAGGAGGGAGCUACGGUUCGUGCAUCCCCGGGGAAGGGGCUCCCCCCUGCAUUACACUGCAAAUCUGCACCCGCCCGGCUGCACUGUGCACCUCCAGCUGCCUCGCGGAGGGGAGGGCAGCUCGGCCCCCACGCUGCUCCCGGCCGUGCCCCCUCCCAGACCUCGCUGCUGCAGGUCGGCGCCGGCGCCUCUCCUGCGGGGUCCUGUCCCAUUCCCCCACCCCAUUGAACACUACUGGUUCUGCUGGAGCUCCCCUCUCCUGCAGCCGUGAUGCCUUACUCCCCACGUUCCCUCUCCCCUGGGAGAUGGUGAGGGGCUCUUCCUUGUCCCAUCUCUCUUCUGAAGCCAAAGACACAGCCCCUGGCCAGGGCUCCCCCCCAGCUGCAGGCUGACCCCCCCAUACUUGAAACCUGACCGUGCCCUGCCCGGCACUAUGUGGCUUUUAAUGUUCUCCCCUCCCAGACAGGGGCUUUUGUACAUGGAGAAAUAAAUGUUACUUCAGACCUUCAGAA